AUGGUAUUAGAUCCGAGUUAUCCAUGUGUUUUGGGUUGGAUACUCUCGGGGACACUUGAAUCGUGUGGUGCUAGGAUUUGCUUUCUCAAGUUGAUUAUAACUUCCUGGGUCGUGUCAGGAGAUUUGACAGAUAUGCGUUCUCGGGCUAACUACAUAUCCCCUGAGUUCUAUGUGGAUAUGCAUUCUCGAGCUGACCACAUGUCCCCCGAGUUUUGCGAGGUUGUAACAUACAUGGUACUUGUAAUUGAUGGAAUAUUAUUGGAAUUGACGGAAUAUUAG